UGUGUGUGAGAGUGCGUGAGAGAGAGAGUGGCCAGGAGUCACGGCGUGCCGAGCACCCGGGAAACGAUCCGCCACGAGGAGCCCUGGUGCAGCACCGACAGGGUAUCGUGUCACCCCGGUGUCGCCGCGGUGUCCAGCAUCCGUGCAAGGCCACCUCGAGGGUGAUAUUACCACCCUGGUGGCGUCGGUGGUCGGGCACAGCUCGCGAUGUCGACCGUGUCCCCGUGGGUGUAGAACGCGACGGUAUGAAUAGAGCGUGAGCAAUACCGGCCGACGAGAACAUCGAACAUGUCGCGGAGAUUCGAGGCCUCGAACGAGGAUUCGUACCUGAGCGCCGGCAGGCCAUCGAACCUCCUGCGUACCAGCUUCACCAACGCGAAAUUGGAGUCCCUGUACCGUUCCUCGUCCCUCCAGCAACGUCGCGGCGGCCUCAAGUGCUUUCUGCUGUCCGCGUUGCUCUACGGCGUGCAGACGAUCGCCUCGCCGGGGCAGGAGCUACCGGCCCGCGGACUCACCGUCGUAUUCCUGGGACUGAACCUCGGUCUACUGGCCUGGGCGGAGCACAACCCGAGGGCCAAGGAUGUCCUAUGGUCGGUGGUGCCUCACGUGGCCUGGAAGCUGUCCACCGCACAGCUACUCAAACAGCUGUUCCUCAAGUCCAACGAGGUCACGCCUAGGGACGAACUGGGAUGGUUGUUGCUCUUGCUGUACCUGCAGUUCGCCACCCUGCCCCUCAGGCUCUCGCGAUGCGUGCUCAUCGCGUUCGGGACUGCGCUCAGUUAUAUCGUCGCGGUGGUCGGGCUGUCCAAGGUGCCUACCCAGAUACCCAUCGAUGUCUUGGUGCUGACGGUGAUGCUGUCGGUGGGUUCGAUGCUCCUCGGGACUUUCAGCUAUUCGUUGACGGAGUUCCAGCAGCGUCGAGCUUUCCUGGAGACCAGACAGAGCCUGGAGGUCCAGCUGGUGAUCGAGGAGCAAAGCGCGGAGCAAGAAAGGCUGUUGCUCAGCGUCCUCCCCGAGCACGUAGCCGUGAAGAUGCGCCAGGAUCUAGGUGCCUCGUUGGACACACAGUUCAAGAAGAUCUACAUGUCCAGGCACGAGAACGUCUCGAUCCUCUACGCAGACAUCGUCGGUUUCACGGCCAUCUCUUCCACGUACAGCGCCAGCGAGCUCGUCAAGAUCCUCAACGAACUGUUUGCACGGUUCGAUCAGCUCAGCGAGAGGUACGAACAGCUGCGAAUCAAGAUCCUGGGUGACUGUUACUACUGCAUAAGUGGAGCACCGGUGGAAAGGCCCGACCAUGCUGUUCUCUGUGUCUACAUGGGCCUGUCCAUGGUGGACGCCAUCAAGUAUGUUCAACAGACGACAAAGAGCCCUGUCGACAUGAGGGUGGGCAUACACACCGGCGCUGUUUUGGCGGGGGUGCUCGGCCAACGACAAUGGCAGUUCGAUGUUUACAGCAAGGACGUCGAGCUGGCGAACAAAAUGGAGAGCAGCGGAAUGGCGGGGAGAGUGCACAUCUCGAACGCGACUCUGAGCUUCCUGAACGGUGAGUUCGAGGUCGAGCCAGCGCACGGCGAGGACCGAGAAGAGGCGUUGCAGAAGGCUGGUAUCGUCACUUACUUCAUUGUCAGGGCGCUGAAGCCCUUCAAACCCGCGGUCACCAAGAGUCUGGCUUCUCUAACCGACACAGAGUCCUCGAGGAGGACGAUGGAGAACGCGGGGGACGGACGAACCAACAAGGAGGACUCCGAGGAGUUCAGGCAGAGGCUGAGGAAGGAGCUCGAUAGCAAAGGUGGUGUGGCGGACCUGAAGGGGCACACCCAUUGGUUGACGCUGAGAUUCAAGGACGCGAAAGUGGAAUCAGCGUUCCUCCACGCGGAGGAUGCCUUUUCCCCCUUGUCACUUAUCGGCGGACCUUUGGUGAUGAUCUGCGCCGUCCCGGUUUGGAGGUUUCAGCCCUGGGGACCUUUCACGUGGGGCGGCUUGGGUGUGGUUAUCUUGUUUGCGGUCGUUUUGGCAGGUGCCACCUGUUUGGGCAGCGCUGUCAAGGCUAUGUGGCUGAGGAGAGCCCUGGCACUGAUGAUGACAUUCUCCCUAAGCAAUUUCCUGCUUUUAGACAUGAGCAACUGUGUCGUCAUCGAGGAAGCGAUCCCGCCCUUUAACGCCUCCACAACUCUGUCGCCGAGAUGCCCGUAUCCAUCCUAUUACACGUACAUCGGUGUUCUCGCGCUGGUGGCGAUCUCAAUGCCGACCUACAUAUGUUACCUCGGCAAGGCGUACCUGAUGUAUGGCAUCGCCGGCGCCCAGUGUUUCAUCAACAUCUGGCUACUCGGUGGGCGGUUGGAUUGGGAGAACUAUGCCUCGUCGCACAUCGACCCAGCACCCUUCCCAUCCAAAUACAGUCUCUCGACCACCCUGCUCUACGUGUCCACCUCUUUGGUCGUCGUCGCCAGAUACGCGGAAAAGGCGAGGAGGAUGCUGUACCUUCGCGGACGCGAGGUGAUCGCCCAAAGGGAAAGAGCGGCGGACAUGAAGCGUAGAAACGGCGCCCUGAUAUACAACAUCCUGCCGCCGCACGUGGCCGCCUACUUCCUAUCCAGAGCCAGACACCACGACGACCUCUACAGCCAGAGCUACGCGGAAGUGGGCGUACUGUUCGCCAGCAUGCCCAACUUCGCGGACUUUUACAGCGAGGAGAGCAUCAACAAUCAGGGCCUCGAGUGUCUAAGGUUUCUCAACGAGGUCAUCUCGGAUUUCGACGCGAUACUCGAUCAAAAUAAGUUCAAAGACAUUAUCAAGAUAAAGACGAUAGGCUCAACGUAUAUGGCAGCGUCGGGGAUAAUGGAGUCCGACGAUCCCGACGAUCUCCCGCGAUGGUGCCACCUUUCCAACCUGGUGGAGUUCGCGUUGGAACUGAAGAAGGCUUUGUCCAGCAUCAACGAGCAGAGUUUCAACCAUUUUGUCCUCAAGAUGGGCAUCAAUCACGGUCCCGUAACGGCUGGAGUGAUCGGAGCAAGGAAGCCCCAUUACGAUAUUUGGGGCAACACCGUGAACGUGGCCUCCAGGAUGGAGAGCACCGGAAAAGUUGGUUGUAUCCAGGUCACGGACGAGACCCGGAGGAUCCUGGAGCCCUUCGGUUUCGGUUUCGAGCAGCGCGGCCUCGUGUUCGUGAAGGGAAAGGGUCAGCUGCUGACUCACUACUUGGUGUCGAAAGAUGGCGUCUCCUUGAACCUGGACAGCGACCUGCCUGUCGAACCUACUCAUCCCAUCAUCUACCAGUAGGCUACUACUCGAAGGCUCUAAAUACUUAAACGUAAACUCUUCCUCGUUCUCUCUGCACCUCGAGGAAACCCUCGAGGAUUCGAGGAAUCGUCGGGAAGAAACGACGAACGAGGCCUCGGAGGCUCGAAUCGACGCCAGUCUCGGGAGGAAUUCUCGAACGAGUUCGAACAAUCGUAGGCAGCUCUAAGUGUGUUUAGCGGUUCUC